AUGAACAUUAAAUACCCCAAGAUAGUUGAAUAUGAGUAUGAAUGGAGCCCCCGCCCUGGUGAGGACCCACUCACCCUGCACUUCCUGGGGGCCUCCAACAACAUCAGCCACACCCACACUUCCGUGUUCGACACUACUCUCUUUGGCUUCUUYGACAAAGCCAUCCACCGUUUUGUGACGGACUGUGGUGAGGAGAGAGGGGUCGUUCUGACCCAAGAUGGCACCACAGUGGCCAUUGCUCCCAUGCUUCUAGGCAUCGAGGUGGAUCUGAAAGCUAAGCUGGAGGGCACCCCUCCUCUGGGCAUGUUUCCCCUCACCUUAGCCAAAAACCUAGGGUUGUCGUUCCUUAGCCUCCAGGACUUUCCACCCGCUCAGCGUCUGGGGCCGGACGGCUGCUGGGACAACGUGACCCACCCCAGGGUGUUCCAGCUGUCGCGGGUACCCACCCUGGCCAGCGAUGCCCUCCUCAAAGGGGGAAUUGAUGGGUCCAUCUUGGGCAUGGAUCUUGCCACCCUGGCUCCCUCUGAACAGCCUGGUAAACUCUGCAAGGUGCUGAAGUGUUACUACAACCAUGUCCUGGAGGGGCAAGACCUGAAGAUUGUAUCCAGCCACAUCUGCCCCAAGCGCAGGGAGAUUGCCCAAGCCCUGCUGGGCACCCUGGACAACCAGAGGCAGGUGAUGGAGACCCUAUACCUGGUGUGGACACCAUACUGAGGGUCUCCCUUCCCUCUUGCCCUGCCCCUUCCCUUCCUGUAUAUCCACCACACCUACCAGCCAGACAGGCCCUGUCGCUCCUUCCGGCAGUGCUCCAGGAACAAGAGGGCCUUGCAGCGCUUCCACCAAGAAGACCGCGCCUGUGCCGACAUCGGAUACAGCUUUGUGGUGGGUUCUGACGGGUACAUCUACGAGGGGCACGGCUGGCAUCACCUUGGCACCCACACUAGGGGACAGAACUCUUACGGUUACGGCGUGGCCUUCAUUGGCAACUACUCCUCCUCUCUGCCCUCGCGCCACGCCCUGGAUCUGGUGCACCAACACCUGGCCAAGUGYGCAGUGGACGGCGGGGGYCUGCAGGCCAACWUCACCCUCCACGGGCACCGGCAGCUGGUGGACACCUCCUGUCCAGGAGAYGCACUCUACUCAGAGAUCAGGGGCUGGGAGCACUUUGGGGUGAGAGACUGUUCAGUAUUAUAGGCUACUAUACUGUUAGUCAAUGUCAAAUGUAUCCGUUU